AGCGUCCCAACUCACGCUCAAGAAGCUGACCACCAAAGAAGCAAUUGCAACAACAGAAAGUCAAGUAGAAUUCACAACAUUCAAUAUGGAAAUCAACAACUCCCUCUACGCUCUCCCCGCCUCCUACAUCGUCGCGACCCUCCCGCACAUCUUCUCCGCCUACACCCUCAACAAAGCUUCCGGCGGCAAGUUCACCAACGUCCACCCCCGUACCAACCUCGAGAACUUGAAGGACAAGGUCUCUCAUGAUGUCUACACCAAAGCCGUUCGUGCUGAGGCUGCUCACAAGAACAACUUAGAGGGCUUCCCGCUUUUCGCUACUGCUCUUCUUGCCGGUAACUUUGCCGGUGUCGAGGCUUCCCUUUUGAACAAGUUCGCUGCCUUCUACGUCGGUGGCCGUGUCUUGUAUAACGCUCUCUACACCUACACUACCCGCGAGGCUACCUCCCAGGCUAGAUCUGUUCUCUGGCUCGGUCUUACCUCGUCCUGUCUCUACGUGUUGGUGAAGGCCGCUCAGGGCGUCGCUGCUGUCAAGAGGUUGUACUAA